AUGGCAGCUCAUGGGAAGCUAUACACAAGGGAUAGACUGCAAAGCUGGGGAAUGCAGGUGGAUCAAGAAUGUGUCCUAUGCAAGCAAGCUAAUGAAUCCAUACAACACUUGUUCUUUGAAUGCACAUAUGCAAAGGCACUGUGGAGCACAGUGUUAGCAUGGCAAGGGAUAAAGAGACCAGUAAAUGGCUGGAAUGAGGAACUACGAUGGGCUGAGAUGCAGACUAAGAGGAAAACAGCUGCUGCUGAGUUAUACAAAAUGGCAAUAGCAGCAACAGUGUAUCACGUGUGGCAAGAAAGGAAUGCUCGAACUUUUCAAGCUAAGGCGAAAGGCUGGGAAGCAAUAU